UAUUCAGUGGAUUAGCAACUUAGUGUUGGCCUUCGAGCCAACAUCUCUGUGCCCCUCAACUUUUUCAGUAUAUUCAUUUUCGUCAAUUUCAUUAUUUUUUUUUUUUUUUAAUUUAUUUCUUCACUAAAAUAAAUAAAUGACAAAGUGACCAAAAGUGUUGAAAAAAAAAUUUGACUGUGCAAAACAAAUGAAAAUUAAUUUCAAUUAAAAAAAAAAAAACGGUCGCAUUUUUUACAAGGUCAUGGUUUGUCGGACGAUACCGGUAACAAUCGCGGCUCUUUUGCUGGUGAUAUUUUGCAUUGAUACUAAAGCAAGUGGAGUCGACGAAUCGGAUGAUUCGAUUAUUAUUGAUGCUGCAGAUUUAAAUAAACGGGGACGUGAGGAGCGUCAAUUUUUUACCCUUGAGAAAAAAAGUCUCCCUGGCCAGUGUUUAACAUCAAAAGGUGAAGUGGGAAAAUGUACAACUUUUAAAGAGUGUUAUCCAUACUUUAAAAUCCCAGAUUUGGGAAUUCUAGACGGAUGGGUUUUGGGAGUUUAUGACAGUUGCAGUUAUCUUCAAUCGAAUGGUAAAGCAGCUUUUGGAAUUUGUUGCGCUGAUUAUCAGCCAACAACACCGACAUCAAAUUUGGAAAGUGAAAUUCCAGUAGAAAACCCAGAUGAGGAAGUAACUGACGUGGAUGAACAGAGCAAAUUAGAACCAGUGAAACCACGUCCAAAGCCAACGGCCUCCUGGCCACCGCCACUUCCGACUCAUCCUCCACAUCACACAAUUCCUCCAAUUCCAACACAUCCUCCACAUUUUGCCGGUGGUGCCACGGCCGCUAGUCCCACUUCAAAACCAUCAUUAGCGUCAUCGUCACAGAAACCCACAAGUGCCACAUGGCCAACAAAAAAACCCGCCUACUGGCCACCUGGAAUUCCAACCUCGUUACCAGGAUUACCAUCGGAAGUGCCACUUGCCCCCAGUAAACCGCCAACUACAUCGGUGAUUCCAACUACUUCUUCACCAAUUGAUUCUGGUUAUUGUGGCUCGAAAAAUGGACCACAAAAAAUUUCUGACUCCGAUCGUAUUGUCGGCGGUCAUAGUACAAAAAUUGGCGAAUGGCCCUGGAUUGUGGCACUUUUUAAUGCAGGUCGACAAUUUUGCGGUGGAUCGCUGAUUGAUAAUAUUCACAUUCUGACUGCAGCUCAUUGCGUUGUCAACAUGAAUUCUUGGGAUGUAGCGAGAUUAACAGUACGUCUUGGUGAUCAUAAUAUAAAAACGAGCACAGAGGUUCGUCACAUUGAGAGACGAGUGAAACGUGUUGUUCGACACAAAAAUUUCAAUUCAAGAACUCUCUACAACGACGUGGCACUUUUAACUCUUAAUGAACCCGUGGAAUUUUCCGAGCAAAUACGACCAAUUUGCCUACCAUCCGGUCGUGAUCUCUAUCAUCAUCAGGAAGCCACUGUCAUUGGUUGGGGCUCACUUCGAGAAAGCGGUCCACAACCGGCGGUUUUGCAGCAAGUGACAAUUAAAAUCUGGUCCAAUGCCGAGUGUAAAGUAAAAUACGGAGCCGCUGCACCAGGUGGAAUUGUAGACAGUUUCCUGUGCGCAGGACAAGCGCAAAAAGAUUCCUGUUCCGGUGAUAGUGGAGGUCCGUUAAUGGUAAACGACGGUCGCUGGACCCAAGUAGGAAUAGUGAGCUGGGGAAUUGGAUGUGGUAAGGGCCAGUAUCCAGGUGUUUACACGAGAGUCACGCACUUCCUGCCAUGGAUAAGUAAAAACUUGAAAUAGAAAUUGCCACAUCGUCUUUAAUCACUGAUAUAAAAUUACCAGUUUCCUCCAGUCGUUCAUCUCUUCUUUCAUCGUCAUCGCGCGUCUCCUAUGAGCUUGGACCCUAUAUAUAUAUGUAAACUAACCAGUCGCAAAAUAAUUACUGAUUAAAUAUAUAUAUAUAUACGGGAAUCGUGAUCAUAUAUAUAUAUAACAAAAAACUGCAGAGUGAAAAAUAUUUUAUUGUUUUUCGAACAAGUUUUACAUUUGAUGUUAUAUAUUAUAUGAAAAUCUUUGAUUUUUUGUGUAUCUUCAAUUGCCAUAUUUUUUAUCAUAAAAAAAUGAAAAUUAGGCUUUAGAAAUAUAUUUUAGAAAAUAAGAAGAGAUUACUAGUUGUAAAUCAUAUUUUCAAGUUGAUUUUAUAUUACAAAUCAUCUAGAAAAUUACAUUAUAUUUUACGAAUUUACAAUUCGGUAUAAAAUAAAAUUUAAACACACAAAAAAUUACGUCGUUUUCAAUUUUUGUUGACAUAACCUAAUUUUGCGAUUUUUAAUUAAUUAAUUAAGAAAGUGAAACUAUUGAAAUAAAUUAAAACUUACGAAAUAUAUAAAGUACUUGCGAUGAACUUUUAAAUUUACUUAACUAUUCUUCUAUGAAAAAAAAUUCUUUUUAAAUUUUCUAGGACUUAAAGGAUUGCCAACUGAAAAAAAGACUAGGAAUUACAUGUGAAAUAAAAACAAAUUCGUGUACUAAAGUAAAAACCGAUUUAAAAAGAAAAUCAAUUUUUUUAUAUUGUAAAUCUUUCUUUCAAAAAGCACAUUCCUUUAUAGAUUAUUUUAUAUGACUAUAUACAUACGAUCAAGUAUAUAAAAUAAAAUAAAAUUUACGUCCCUAA